AUGCAGUCGCUGGUGGAAGGCCAGACGCUGCUGCGCGACGGCCGCUACCGCUUCCUGCGCCGCAUCGGCAGCGGCACCUUCGCCGUCAUCAUGCGGUGCGUUCCUCUGGACGUGCAGCAGCAGCGCCACGUGGCCAUCAAGUGUGUGCGGCAGCGAGGCCUCAACGCGCUGGGCGAGCGGGAAGCUGCAGCGCUGCGUCGAGUCAACGAGCGAGACGCGGACGGAGCCUGCGCUGUCGUUCGACUGCUGGAGACGUUCGAGGAGCAGGGCCACUUCUGCCUCGUACUGGAGCUGCUCGGGCCUCCGGUGCUGGACGUCGCGCGCUGGGGCCCGUGGCGGCAGGCGCCCGGCGGAGCGACGCGCGCCCCCGAUCGCACGCUGCAGCUCUUCAAGCUCAAGCGGAGACGCUCAUCGCUGUCUGCAGCCGGUGGCGGGAUUCAGUCGCCGGAGGGACAGCGGGGGCCGGAGACGGAGCCAUUGGAGGAGGAUGCAGUUGUGUCAGCGCCACCUCUGUCCAUUGCUGACGUGAGAGCGAUGGCGGUGCAUCUUUGCGGGGCGCUUGCGUUCCUACACGACCAAGGACUCAUCCACGCCGACGUCAAGCCUGAGAACGUGGUGCGGUCAGGGGCUGAAGCUCCGCUGGAAUCAUCGACGUCGCCGUCGGCGUGCUCGUCCCCCGUCAAGUUGGUGGACUUUGGCAACUGCCUGGACGUGAGUGAGCUAGCGGCGUACGCUGAAGAGGAGGGGAGUGGCGGCUUUGACGUGCAGACAGUCACCUAUCGCGCUCCAGAGGUGGCUGCGGGCCUGCUGCUUUGCUCUGCCGUGGACAUGUGGUCCUUGGGCUGUCUGCUGCUCGAGUGCGUGACAGGCAAGCCGCUAUUCACGCUGCCGGCGCUGGGAGCGUCCGUCCAAGAGCACGCUGAUGUUGCCAGACUCGAGAACGACGACCUCUUGCAGCAGAUCGAGUGCGUGGUGACGAAUGGAGUUUCGCUGGCCGCGGCGUGCUCCCCAUAUCGAUCUGCUACGCGGUACAAGGAGAACACUGCAGCAACUACAACAAGCAAGAGCGCGAAGAAGCAGGAAGAGUCAAUGUCGCUGCAAGCGCGUCUGGAAGCUGCAGCGCCAGGGAGUCACCACUUCCACGACUUCAUCUACAGUCUGCUGGACGUGAAUCCGGCCACGAGAGCUACAGCAAAGCAGGCCUUGUUCCAUCCCUUCCUCCAGGCCUUUUUUCCCUUUGGCACCGUAUUCGCCGAUUCAGGAGUCCACGACGCUGCUGGCCGAAGUAUGGAGUCCAGAGCUACCCUUGGUCGAACUACAGGAGCGAAGCGUAAGGCGCGAGCAGAAGCAGCCCAGAAGAGUUCCAGUCGAGCACGAAAGAAGAAAUCAGCUGAACGAGCAGCGUCAGCUCGAAGCAAGGACCUGCGUCAGGUGCUCAAAAUCAUCGCGCGCGACGUGCCUGGCCGCUCGUCGCUCUCACCUCGAUGA